AUGCGUGCUGUCGUAUCAGGCUGGACUGGGCGGAAAUUGAACGACUCGAACAUGACGGCCGCUGGUGAGAUGUACGCGGAAGAAGUGCUCGAGCUGUUCAACAUGAACAAUACCUUAUCCGAGUUCAACAGUCCUACGUACGCAGGCAUAACCAUUUAUGCUUUGACACUUUGGGCCAAGUACAUGCCGAGUGAUUCGGUGAUGAAUCAGGAGGGUCAGCGUGUCUUGGGAGAAGUUUGGGACCUUCUCGCCAUGAUGUACAAUUCCAAUCUCCGCAACCUGGCCGGUCCGUGGGAUCGCACCUAUGGCGACCAAAUCCUCAUUUCACGGCAAGCCUACGCUCCGCCCUACGAUUUGGAGCCGCGCAAUAUCACGACCUGGGUAUCACCCAACCUGACGAUUGGCGGUGAGUCUUUCAACCAAGGCAAUCUUGGUGGCGCACGUGAGGACCGCUCUGCGUGGAGCCCAGGCGUCGUUCAAUGGAAGAGGCGCGACAAUUCUGUUGGUUGGUUCAAUGUCUGGCCGUCCGAGACCGCUAUGAACAUCGACGUUGCUCCUAACUCCAUCAAUUUCACAUACCCAAACGGCAAUGCUUCAAGCACAUUCAGCUUCAUUGUGGCGUUGAACCCGCUCAGCGGUAAACGGGAUAUCACCUCUGUUCGAGAUCUUGACGGCUUGGACCUCGAAGUCAGUGGUACAGUCGAUGUGGAUUCGCCUAGUAUCUCCUUCUGUGGGCUUGUUGGUGGAACGUGCAAGAUCAUCCAUGGGUUCGAAUUCUGGAACGUAACGUGGUCUAUGCCCACAAAUAGUAUUCAGAUCCCGUCUAUUAACUUUAAGGUAAAUCUUCUAUAA